GUCUGUGAUUGGCUGAUCCUGCGUCGUAGCUCCAGUCCAGCGAUGAAGGUUGUGGAGUUGAGCGCGAAGAUGAGCAUCGAAGCCUGCCGGAGACGUUUAGCCAGGGUGAGAUGUAUACGCGACUGUGUGAACAGUUUUAAAGAUGGGUUAGCUCUUCCAGAACCCCUGUGCUACGUCCCGGAGGAGGUGCUGUACGGUAAAACGGCCGAGGGGAAGCCCGGGACCGUGCAAGUCAUGGUGUACUCCCGGCCAUCGAUGAAGGGGAGGGGCGGAAAAGUUGGAGAAUUUUCCUGCGGGAAUGAUACACGUAUCGCCGCGUCUGGAGCCGAGCUGAGCAAUCGAGAUGGGGAAUGGAUCAAAAUCAGACAGCAUACCCUGGAGCAGUUACUCCCUGGGAAGAAAGUAACAGAAGGCUGGGUGUUGCUCCAUCCGGCCGUCUCUAGUUCAGAUGAAACGCCAACACUGACACGGAUACAGCAGGAGGAGGACAAGGGCAAGAGCAGCACCCAUCGAGAGCUGUUUGGAGUCAGCCCUCCUACUCUGUCCAGAUGGGAGGAUGUAGUAGAGCAGGUGUACGCGAUGAAGCUGGGCCAGGUGAGUAAGGUGGCGCCAUGUGACGUAGAGGCGGUGGACGCUCUUCGCUCCCCACCCACCAACUGGACGCUGGAGUACGACGAGGAGCUGUCGCGCUUCCUGUAUGAGAACGGAGACCACGAGAACGAGAACCUGGGCAGCGUUAAGCAGUAUGUGGAGUCACUGGAGGUGUCAUCUUACAGGGAUGAAGAUAAUUCAGACUGUCUGACAGACGGGGACACAGAAACUUACUGGGAGAGUGACGGCAGCCAGGGACAGCACUGGAUCAGACUUAAGAUGAAGAGAAGCACCAUCGUCAAAAAGUUGAUGAUCGGAGUAGAAGCCUCUGACGACAACUACACACCAAACCGUAUAGUAGUGAUGGGAGGAGAGCUGGACUCUUUGGUCAAACUUAACGACAUUAGUGUGAACGAUGGCUUCAGUGGAGACUUGACAGUGCUGGAGAACAUGACUCAACACUAUCCUUACAUCGAAAUCAGAAUUAAAGAUUGCAAAGAUGACGGGAUUGACACCAGAAUACAUGGGCUGAAGAUCAAGUCCAGUCAGGAGAGAGACCUGGGGCUGAACCGAGACUUCUUCACCUCAGACAGACUGGUCAGGUACCCCAGGCUGGAGACUGUGGACCCAGAAAAACUCUACAGGAGAUCCCUGGCUUUAUAUAGAUUCGUGAGUCUGUUAGACAGUGUGAUGCACUACAUGGUCCCCAAGUGGGAAUUUUCUCUGGGAUCUCUCAACUGUCUAGAGGAGGUUAAACAGUUGCUGCCCCUGUCCACGAAGAGGAUGGGCCUGAUUGAGAUGUGCCUGAAGGAGUCGGAGUCCCCCCGACCCAGCUCCAUGCCUAAACUCUACAUCAACAGGCGCACAGCCACAGAACACAGGACGGACCCAACAAAGGACCCCGAGUGCAAACAUGCCAUCUUUACACAGAUCUUUGAAGGUCUAAAGCCAAGAGACAAGUAUGAGAAACCAUUAAACUACAGAUGGCCUUCAAAGUAUGACCAGUGGUGGGAAUGUAAGUUCUUAUCAGAGGGCAUCAUUGACCAAGGAGGUGGAUUCAGAGACAGUCUGUCAGACCUGGCAGAAGAGCUGUGCCCAUGUUCAGCAGAUGCACCUGUAGCCCUGCCGUUCUUUGUCAGAUCUCCCAACCAGGUUGAGGACACCUCUAACGUAAACAGAGACGUGUACGUGCCCAACCCCUCCUGUCUGGAGUUUGCCAAGUAUGAGUGGAUCGGCAUGCUGAUGGGGGCCUGUCUCAGGGGAAAGGAAAACUUGGUGCUGGACCUGCCUGCCUUCACCUGGAAACGGCUGGUGGGAGAGAAAGUGACCUGGGCACAAGAUUACAUCAGCGUGGACUCAUCAGAGGUGAAACUACUGGAGUCCAUAGAAUCCAUCAGUUUAGACAAGACAUCGUUUGACCAGAACUUUGGCGUGGAACUGACAUGGACGACAGUCAUCAGCAACGGUCAGACUGUACCACUCAAACCACAGGGGGAGGACACCGCCGUGGGGUAUGAGGAGAGGCAUGAGUACUGUCGUCUGGUACGGGAGAAACGCAUGGCGGAGAGUACAGAACAGGAGAACUCCAUGAGACACGGCCUGCUGAAGGUAGUGCCCCAGGCUGUACUGGACCUGCUGACGUGGCAGGAGUUAGAACACAGGGUCUGUGGCAACCCUGAAAUCAGUAUUGAAGCUCUCAGGAAGACAACAUACUAUGAAGACCUGGAACAGACUGACCCCAGAGUGAAGUACUUGUGGGAAGCACUAAAUAAUUUUACCAAUGAGGACAGAAGUCGAUUCCUGAGGUUUGUAACUGGGAGAAGACGGCUUCCCGCACCUCUCUUCAUCUGUCCAGACAGGGGAUCAGAUACAGUGGAUGCUCUACCCGAGUCUUCCACAUGUUCCAAUACUCUGUACCUCCCUACAUACUCUAGUGCAAAGGUUGCAGAAGAAAAGAUCCGGUAUGCUGCUUACAACUGUAUAGCCAUUGACACAGAUAUGAGCCCAUGGGAAGAGUAGUGACAAAGCCAUAGGUAUCCUCUUAUGUAAGUAUUAGCUAUGAAUGCAAAGACUAAGUGAAGCUUUGGUGUACAAUUUGCUUCUGAAUUUAAACAUAAGAUGUAAUGAUAAGCAGUUUAUAUAUACAGGACCAUGUUGUGAUUUGGAACAUGGAAGAAUGGAUUGUAAACCAGUUGAUCUGUGUGUAGUAUAACAGACCAUAGUAAAAAUCAAAUGGACAAAUAAAUGGUGAUAUUGUACAGCUUUGAUAUUUUGCUACCGGAAACAUUACAGUGAAUCAUAGUAAUAGAAAGAUUUGGACAAUUUAAUCUUGCACAAGCCACACACAAGAGGUUGGCCAUUCAAAAAUGAUAUAGAAACACUUCAGCCUUGUUGUUAACGUCUUCUAUAUUCAUGAUGAGCUUCACAGAAUAGUGCUGCAUGUGACAGAGCAGUGAUUGUUACCAAAAGAAAUUUCCUCCCCCAGAGAUGAAUUUAUUGAUAAGUUAAGACUUAUUUUAGGAGGUGAUUUCUAUUGUAUAUAUAUGUGAGGGUGCUGUAGUCUAUUCAUGGUGAGAAUGAGACAGAAUUUUUAUUGUAUGUGUAUUUUCUCCACUGAUAUUCAGUGGAAACAGUAAUAUUUGAUUAUUCUGUGAAAUUCUUGAAUGUGUUACUUUGGCUAGAGGCUUGCUUGCAAACAUAGGAAGAUGGAAGACAUACAUAUGUACAAGUCUCAUCUUGUAUUUUUUGUUUGUGAGUUUACGCUGUCACACUUUAAAAGUGCCAUACUUUAUCAAAAGAUAUAUUUAAUAAUUAUUUUUACUUGGAAACUCCAGAUCUUGCACAGAAUAUUUAGACAUUUUCUCUGCAUAUUGCAGAUGGAACAAUCAAGUCAGUUUUUGUCAUAUUUCAUGUAAGAUUUCACAUCUUAAUUUAUUCCUUUUCCUCAUGGGGUUAAAACUUGAUGUUUGUAUGUGAUGAACUGAAAACCCAAGGAUAGUUAUAUUACAUUUAACUAUGUGUUUAAAGAAGAAACUUUCAGUCUAUGAGAUAGCAGUCUGAAGCCAUCUAUUUGUCAUAAUUGUUUGUUUUUGCAGAUUUAUCUUAUACAUUAAAUGUACAGAAAUAAAAGCAUUUG